AUGACAACAAAAUCAUUUUUCAAUUGCUCUUCAGUUAAGAAACCACACUUGAGAAACUAUGAUCAAACAUUCAAGGAUUCACAAGAUAUGAUCACUUGUCCAAUUUAUAUGUCUAAUGCAUAUGACAGUGUCCUUCAAUUGGACCUUAUAUCAUGUACCAAGAUGUUCGACCUCAAUGCGUCAACCCUGGAGAUAGGCAAAUUGAUUUUAAGUUGGCCCAAUCCAAAUUGUAACAAGUGUAAAGAAAAAGGCAUGAAAUGCAAAUGGAAGAACAAUGGUAGUAAUAAAGAUGAAAUUGAAUGUUAUGACUGCAAAAAAAAAGUGAAAACAAUUCAUAUUCCAAGGUCUCUUAUUUUUGCUGCAACAGGUUCAAUUCUUUUGGGACUGGUUCUCAUAGCAUUAUUUAAGACACAUCUCUAUUUUAGAAAGAAAGAAGAGGAUCAAUUAAGAGUUGAUAAGUUUUUAGAGGAUUACAGAGCACAAAAACCUGCUAGAUUUUCCUAUGCUGACAUCAAAAGAAUAACAAGUGGAUUUACGGAAAAACUUGGAGAAGGAGCUCACGGAACUGUGUUUAAAGGAAAACUCUCAACCCAAAUUCUUGUAGCUGUCAAAAUGCUCAACAGUACACAGGGAGAAGGAAAAGAAUUCAUCAAUGAAGUUGGAAUUAUGGGAAAAAUUCACCACAUCAACGUCGUUCGUUUGCUUGGAUUUUGUGCAGAUGGAAUCCACCGUGCUCUUGUGUACAAUUUGUUUCCAAAUGGUUCGUUACAGAGCUAUAUAUUUCAACCAGAUAACAAGGACCAUUUUUUGGGGUGGGAGAAACUGCAACAAAUUGGUGUUGGAAUAGCCAAAGGAAUUGAGUAUCUUCAUCAAGAUUUUGGUCUCGCAAAAUUAUGUUCCAAGAAUCUUAGUAUUGUGUCCAUGACAGCAGCUAAAGGAACAUUGGGAUACAUGGCGCCUGAAGUUCUGUCUAGAAAUUUUGGAAAUGUGUCUCUUAAAUCAGAUAUUUACAGUUAUGGAAUGUUGUUGUUAGAAAUGGUUGGAGGAAGGAAGAAUGUAGAAAUGUCAUCUGCAGAAACUUUUCAUGUGUUAUAUCCAGAAUGGAUCCAUAACUUAUUAGAAGGAGAUGUGCAUAUUCAUGUUGAGGAUGAAGGUGAUGCUAAAAUUGCAAAGAAACUUGCAAUUGUUGGACUUUGGUGCAUUCAAUGGCAGCCAAUAAAUCGUCCAUCUAUAAAAGCUGUUGUGCAAAUGUUGGAAACUGGAGAGGAUAAUCAGUUAACUGUGCCUCCUAAUCCUUUUCACUCGACAACUUUGGCGAGAAGAACUUUUCAAAUGGAAGUGAUUCAGGAAUAAGAAAAUAUAAUCUAUUUUGGACAA